AUGAAGGGCCUUUUUGCUUUCUUCCUGGCGGUGCAGGCGGUAGCCAACCCCCUGGGGCCGACUGGAGCCUCUGAUACACCUGAUCCCAAGGAGAUCCAGAUCGUCAGCGCAAGCUUCUCGGGAAGUGGUUGCCCCCAAGGCUCCGUCUCAACCACGAUCUCUCCAGACCGUACGGUCAUCACCUUUGGCUUCGACAAGUUUCAAACCUACAUUGGGCCGGGACUCUCGGUAGCCGAGCGCUCCAAGAACUGUGCUCUUCACCUUAGCCUCAAGUAUCCGGGUGGUUUUCAGUUCGCUCUUGUGGACAGCACAUACCAUGGAUAUGCUCAGCUUGAAGAAGGGGUCACUGGAACAUUCUACUCGACGUACUUCUUCUCUCAAGACGCUGCAGCCACUACUACAACGCAGACUUCCAUCACCGGAGGUGGCAUUUGGCUUAAUGGUCAGGUCUACACCAAACAGGACACCAUCCCUACUGCGGCUCUCAUUUAUUCGCCUUGCGGCGCGACAGGCAUUCUUAACGUCAACAAUCGUAUUGCUCUUACGUCCAAGAACACCCAGGCUUACGGUUCUAUCACCGACGAUGAUGCCACGGUAGCGUUCACUCAACAGAUCAAUAUCAAGUGGCUACCUUGCAAGAAGUAG